GUUUAUGUUUGCAAAAAUUGAUGAUUAAUAAUAGAAAUUAAAAUUAUUGGGCAAAAUCCUAACGUUGAUCGUAAGUGACGAUGGUCGGUGGUGAUGAAUCUAUCUCACCGUGUCGGUUCGAGAUUCCACACGGCGAGCCUCGAGGCUUCGUCUUCAGCUAAUAAUCCCUUCGCCGAGGGUUCCGGCGAGAUGUCUCCGGGACCAUCAAUCCCGCUCCGCCGAGCUGCUCUAUUUCUAGCUGCCAUCUCCAUCUCCUGCUUCGUCCUUUACAGAGCCGCUGAUUCCUUGUCUUUCUCCCCUCCCAUUUUCGAUCUCUCUUCUUAUCUGGAUAAUGAGGAACCUAAGCUAGAAGAUGUUCUGAGUAAAGCUGCAACGAGAGACAGGACAGUUGUUUUGACAACUUUGAAUGCAGCAUGGGCAGCUCCAGGAUCUGUUAUUGAUCUCUUCUUUGAGAGUUUUAGAAUUGGGGAAGAAACUAGUCAAAUCUUGGAUCAUUUGGUGAUUGUUGCAUUGGAUGCUAAGGCUUAUUCGCGUUGCUUAGAACUGCAUAAGCAUUGUUUCAGUCUUGUUACGGAAGGAGUUGAUUUUUCCAGAGAAGCUUAUUUUAUGACUCGGUCUUACUUGAAGAUGAUGUGGAGAAGGAUUGAUCUCCUAAGGUCUGUUCUCGAGAUGGGAUACAAUUUUGUUUUCACGGAUGCUGAUGUGAUGUGGUUCAGGAACCCGUUUCCACGGUUUUACAUGUAUGCAGAUUUCCAGAUUGCUUGCGAUCAUUACCUCGGAAGAUCAAACGACCUACAUAAUAGACCAAACGGAGGGUUUAACUUUGUGCGGUCCAACAAUCGAACUAUACUUUUCUACAAAUACUGGUAUGCUUCAAGACUCAGAUUCCCGGGAUAUCAUGAUCAGGAUGUGCUUAACUUUCUCAAGGCAGAACCUUUUGUUUUCCGGAUUGGGUUAAAGAUGAGAUUCUUGAACACUGCUUAUUUCGGCGGUUUAUGUGAGCCUAGCAGAGAUCUGAACUUGGUUCGUACAAUGCAUGCCAAUUGCUGCUACGGUAUGGAGAGUAAGCUUCAUGAUCUCAGAAUCAUGCUUCAAGAUUGGAAAGAUUUCAUGUCUUUACCACUUCAUCUAAAACAAUCUUCUGGUUUCUCCUGGAAAGUCCCUCAGAAUUGCAGUCUUGAUUCUCUUCGACGCUAUGAUGAAUCUGUGGAGGAUGAUGAAGAGAGUGAUCCACCAGGAGAAUCUCAAGACUGAAAAGUGUGACACUUUUUGUACAUGAGAUUCUUGAUGAUUUUUCUAGAAAGAAAGAGAAAAUCGAAUUUUUGAAGGGGUAAAAAAAACACGAACACACGGCUUUUUUGGUGAUAAUUUUGAAAUCUCAAUGGAAAUUAGUUUAUAUAAUUUAUAACAGGCCAUAGAUGUUACAGGAAAGCUAAAGUUAGGC